AGACCCGGAUCCGAGGCAGUGGUGACCUCUCAAAAACCCAGCCGCAGUGAGCAAGCUCAGCUCAGUCUCAGCUCAGCAGCUGAAAAUAUCUUAUCCAUGGAGGGAGCGGCCCUGACGAUACGCUCCACCUCCCACUCCCAGGGCCCCCCUGCUGCUUCUGCUCCUGCGCAUGACCACCGGCGAACUGCAGCGACCGUGCCGCGCCGGCGCCGGACGCCGUGCGGCCGGCUCCGGGCGUUGCCGGCGGAGCUCAGCGAGAUCCUCAGCCCCAAGCUGGUGCCCGGCUCGCCCGCCGACACCGGCGACGUCUCGUCGCUCAUCCCAGUCAGUGCUCUGAUGCUGCUCUUCUACUUCGUGUCCAACUGGGUGGUGCCUGAGCUGCUCAUGAAACGGCUCCAGCCCAAGGCUGAGGAUGAAGCCGCUGCUGCAUCAACAGCAUCCAUGUCGUCAUCGACGCAGCAGGGGGAUGCCUCCGACGGCAAAAUCCGACCGAAGGUCAAGAGGAAGAAGAGCAGAAAAGCAGCCAUGAAGGUUUAGGAUGCAUUGCAUGAAUGGAGGCUUCUCAGAUCAUACAAAACUACCAAACAUAAGAAUACGUCAGCAAUCAAAGAGUCUCUGAAGAAGAUAUAAAUAUGUAGUGCCAGCUGAUAUGCAUAAUGUACUCGUUUUCUGAAUAAAAACUACCAAACAUUGUUCCAAAGCUAUGUGGGUAUCAAAGACCAUGAGUACUGCUAACAAUUAUGUAAUUAUCCAUCCCUAA